UUCAAAAAAAUCCUCUCAUCUAAACUCAGCUACCACUGAUGAAGAGCAGAGAACCGAUGAUAUCCAUCUUCGAAUACUGGUCAGUGAUACUGUUAAACGUAAGGUUCUCUCACUUUGUUUUAGCUUUGAUACUUCUCUUCAUUGUCCGCGCUUUAACUCAGAGACUAACGAACAAAGGUCCCAUGAUAUGGCCGCUCAUGGGUGUAAUACCAUCGGUUUUACUCAACAUUAACGAUGUGUUCAAUUAUUUCGCUGAAUAUUUGAAUCAAUGCGGAGGAACGUUUGCCAUCCGAGCGACUUGCAUGGAUCGCUUUUGUGGAAUCAUGACUGUAGAUACUUCCUCCAUCGAGUACAUUUUGAAAACGAACUUCGUAAAUUAUCACAAGGGAGAGGCUUUUAUAGAUUUGUUUUCUGAUGUUUUUGGGAAUGGUUUUUUUGUUGCUGAUGGGGAAACAUGGAAAGACCAAAGGCUUGCAUUAACAUCAGUUAUGCACACUUUUUGGUUUAUAGAGUCUUCUCAUUCAGUCAUACAAGAUCUGGUGCACCAAAAACUUUUAAAGUUGAUAAAUAAGUCUGUAAAAUUAGAUAAACUCACAGAUCUACAAGAUUUGCUACUUCGAUUCACGUCUGACAAUAUCUACAUCACUACAUUCGGCAUUGAUCCAGGGUGUUUAGCCAUUGAACUUCCAGAUGUUCCUUUUGUUACGGCUUUCGAGAGAGCUGCAGACCUCUCAUAUUACAGGGUGUUCACUCCUACAUUUAUAUGGAAGACACUGAGAUUCUUCAGUGUUGGACCAGAGAAGAAACUCAAGGAAGCCGUCAGAAUAGUGCACAAGUCUGUUUCGGAGAUUGUUAAAAACAGAAGGAUCGAUCUCCACAAAUCAGGUUCUGUAAAUGAUCGGUCCGACGUAUUAUCGAGGCUCGUAAUUAUGAAAGACCCGGAGGAUAAACAAAACUUGAAUGAUAGAUUCAGUGACGACAUGCUAAGAGAUUUGUGUUUAAGCUUUAUUCUAGCUGGCCGAGACACAACUUCAGUGGCACUAGCAUGGUUCUUCUGGCUCAUAAAUAAACAUCCACAUGUAGAAAACCUAAUUCUCAACGAGAUCAAAGUAACUAUAAGCCACAGGAAGUGUGACAGCAAAAACAUAAACGAAAUUGUGUUUACAGCGGAUGAGCUAAAGAAAAUGGUGUAUCUUGAAGCUGCUCUAUCAGAAACAUUGAGGCUCUAUCCAUCUGUACCACACGAUAUCAAGGAGGCUAGAGAGGAUGAUGUAUUGCCCAAUGGUACUGCUGUUAAAAAGAAAGACUUAAUAGUCUACUCCAUGUACUCCAUUGCCCGAACUGAAGCUAUAUGGGGUAAAGACUGCAGGGAGUUUAAGCCAGAAAGGUGGAUAAAGAACGGGAAGUCAGUGGUGGAGAGCCAGUUCAAAUUCCUGGCAUUUAAUGGAGGACCCAGAUUGUGUGUGGGGAAGCAGUUCGCUUACAUUCAGAUGAAAAUGGUGGCUGCUUCAAUCUUGCUAAGAUACUCAGUUAAGGUUGUUGAAGGCCAAACAGUUGUUCCAAAAGUGAAAACUACACUGUACAUGAAAAAUGGGUUGUUAGUGAAUUUCAAGCCUAGGUUGGAGCAUACCUUUGGAAGCAGCACCCACAAGGAAUCUGGAUUCCCCCAAGAAGCCAUGUAAUUGAUUG